AAAUCACUCAUCUUUCCACCAAAAAAAAAAGAGAGAGCCAAAAAACAGCAGUAGCACAAUGGUCAACUGGGUCGAGGCACAAAAGCCAUUGCUGAACGGUCUUAUGAAAAUGGCCGGUGUCGUUCCCUACACUUUAGAGAUCGAACCAGGAACAAAGAUGAACUUUUGGGUUCCUAAAGAAAUCCUAAAGAAGAAAUCCCGUACCGGAAAACCAGCCAAACCGGAUAAACCAACCAAACCGGCGAUUUUAUUAAUCCACGGCUUCGCAGCUGAAGGAAUCGUAACGUGGCAGUUUCAAGUCGGUGCAUUAUCCAAGAAGUACUCGGUUUACAUACCGGACCUCCUCUUUUUCGGUGGUUCCUACUCCGAUAACUCUGACCGGUCUCCGGCGUUUCAAGCCAACUGUUUGGUCAAGGGGCUUCGUAUCCUCGGUGUGGAUAAAUUUGUUCCCGUAGGGUUUAGCUACGGUGGCAUGGUGGCUUUCAAGAUUGCCGAGGCUUACCCGGAGAUGGUUAGGGCAAUGGUUGUGUCCGGUUCGAUACUCGCGAUGACCGACUCCAUUAGUGAGUCGAGCUUGAACCGGUUAGGGUUUAGUUCUUCCAAGGAACUCUUGUUACCGACUUCGGUUAAGGAACUUAAGGCUCUCUUCACCAUUGCCGUGCAUAAACCCUUGUGGUUUCCCAAACGAUUGUUCAAAGACUUCAUUGAGGUGAUGUUCAACAACAGGAAAGAAAGAGCUGAAUUAUUAGAGGCUGUUGAAGUCAGCAACAAGGACGUGACAAUACCUCAUUUCCCAUGGAAAAUACAUUUAUUGUGGGGUGAAAGUGAUCAAAUCUUUGACUUCGAGUUAGCUAAAAACAUGAAAACAGAAUUAGGUGAGAACGCAACAAUAGAAAGCAUAAAGAAGGCAGGUCAUUUGGUGCAACUGGAAAGGCCUUGUGUUUACAAUAGGCGCCUCAAAAAGUUUCUUGCAUCCGUUCAUUCUGAAGAAAAACUCAUUCAAUAAACACAUCUUAGGAUGUUAUUAAGUUAUACUUAAUCUUGAUAUAUAUAUAUGAAAUAUUUAUCUCAAAAGUGAAUAAUCAUUUGGUUUGGUUUGUUUGAUUUUUUUUCUGUUAC